AUGUCUUCCGACGAAGCGAAGGUAGCAUCAAUCAUUGUCGACAGUUUGUACAAUGCCGGCGUAAGACUCGUCUUCGGCAUUCCAGGUGCCAAGAUUGAUGCAAUAUUCGACACGCUCUCAGAUCAUCCAGAAAUUCAUCUGGUGGUAUGUAGACACGAGCAGAAUGCCGCCAUGAUGGCGCAAGCCGUUGGACGGAUAACUGGCACCCCAGGUGUGUGCAUAGCUACAUCGGGACCUGGAGCAGGAAACCUCACGACCGGUUUACUCACAGCAACCACCGAGGGAGAUCCUGUUGUUGCUCUUGUUGGAUCUGUCCCAAGGGCCAUGAGCUCUAAGCAUACGCAUCAGAGUAUGGCCGCAUUGGAUGUGCUUUCGCCGGUCUCAAAGAAGGCCGUCAACGUCGAUGUCGAAGAUCAAGCCGCGGAGACAAUCCUUGCGGCUUUUCGAAAUGCUUCAACAUCACCCCGAGGAGCUUCGGUCGUUUCAAUACCAAUGGAUGUAGCAGCAGGCAAAUCCUCGAUCAAGGCCUUUCCAUCUGAAGCAUUCCCGUCACCACCACUCGGACCCGCACCAAAAGCUUCCCUCGAGAAAGUUUCUCGGAUGAUUGAGGAAGCAAGACUUCCAGUUCUAUUUUUGGGCAUGCGAGCUUCAAGUAUCAAGGUUGUAACUGCGGUCCGACAGUUCCUAGAGAAACAUCCCAUGCCAGUAGUAGAAACCUUCCAAGCAGCUGGAGCCAUACCCAAAGAACAACGACAUCUCUUCUUCGGUCGUGUUGGUUUAUUCCGAAAUCAGACAGGAGAUCGCCUUCUCGCAAAGUCAGAUCUCAUCCUGACAGUAGGAUACGACCCUACAGAAUAUAAUGCCAACCAAUGGAAUCCUUCUGGAGAUCUCAAGAUCAUUCAUAUGGACUACACAGCCUGCGACUAUGAACAAUAUUAUCGCCCAGCCGUCGAACUUCUUGGUUCACUUGUAGAAAACAUGACCUACCUCAAAGAUUCUCUCAAAUCUGUCACUAAUGCCUCUUCAUCCGAUUUCUGCAAAGGCUUAACCCACGACUUCUUCGCCUGGCAAUCCCGCAAAGAGCUCCGUCGUGAAUCCGGCCUCAUCCAUCCUCUCCACUUCAUCUCCCUCCUCCAAAACAAUGUCUCCAUCGACACGACCGUCAUUUCAGACGUCGGAACCGUUUACAUCUGGAUGAUGCGAUUUUUCUUCUCUUACAAGCCCCGAACUCUCCUCUGCUCCAACGGCCAACAAACCCUUGGUAUCGGCUUGCCUUGGGCAAUCGGUGCAUCUCUCAUCCAAUCACCGCCUUGUUCGCAGAAAGUAGUCUCCAUGAGCGGAGAUGGUGGGUUCAUGUUUUCCUCGCAAGAGCUAUCGACGGCAGUGCUACAGGGUUGCAACAUUACGCAUUUCAUCUGGAAUGAUGAGGCGUAUAACAUGGUAGAAUUUCAAGAAGAGAUGAAGUAUGGAAGAAGUAGUGGGAUCAAGUUGGGGGGUGUUGAUUUUGCGAAGUUCGCCGAGAGUUUUGGGGCGAAGGGUUUCAAGAUCAAUGAUUCUUCCGAGUUGGAAAGUGUGAUGAAGGAGGCUCUGGCCCAUAAAGGCGUUGCCUUAGUGGACGUCAAGAUUGAUUAUACCGAUGUGAGGGAGUUGGCCAAAGAACUGAUCAAGGAGGAUUUCAAUUGA